AUGCAAAAGUUUACUACGUGUGAUCAGCAGAUGUUGAAGAUGACGGGAACUAGACGAAAGAAAAGAUCACAAAGUGAGUGUUUUUCUUAGCAAAGUUGUUUUAACGUACACUUCAAUAAAAAAAUUUCGUCUUGUACGCUAAUUCAGAAACAUAUAUUAUAGUUAAAACUUAACACGAUAAGGAGUAGCAGUGAAUGGUAACUAUAGAAACAACAACAAAAUAAAACCAAGAAGCUGUAACCCUAGUAAAAUGAGAUGGAAUUGUUAUGAAGCCUGUCUAAUACCUAUUUGUUAUAUGUUUUGUUAGCUUAUUUGAACUUGACGGUUCACAUCGUUUGAUAGCAUUCCUACCAUUUUGACUUUUUCCACCAAUGUCGAACUGAUUAAUUCAAUUACGAGUCGGGUGAACAAAAAAGCUAAUGGAUUGUGCACCGUCAGGGAGCUGACAACAUAAAUCGGCAGCGCCGUUGUUUUUAUCUCUUGAAGUUUGUUGGCUUUCAUAUCCAGGCUCAUGGCCAUAAACUAUGUUGUAACUGAAGUAAUACGCUGACAAAAAUGCGCAAGAGGAUAUCAAAUUAGACUGACGUUUUUUGUCUUUUCUUAGAAAUCUCUAUUAAAAGCACUCAAGCAUUUGUUGAGAUUAGUUGUAACUAUUGGUCCGAACUGCGGAUUGGUCUUAAAACAUCUCUUUUAUUUUGUAGGGCCUGUGAGCAUUUUCAAACGAUUAAAGUACGACGUACUGCACUCAACUGAUCAAAGAUUACUUGACAGCCAACUUAGGACCGCCAUAAGUUCAAGUGCACCAGCACGCCAUAUUUACAACCUGUUGUUACGCGGGGCUGACGCGAAUUGCGUUGAUUCAUUAGGUUAUUCACCCUUACUUUUGGCUCUUAGAGCACAUUCAUCAGAGUACUUACUAGACACCGUCAGGAUACUAUGUGAGUUCGGAGCCAACGCGAAUUACAGGAGUAACGUCUUCUACGGGGACUCUCCCCUUCAUUUCGCUGCAGCACUUAACAAUUACGAGCUCAUAGAGCAGCUGUAUCAUUUCAACGCGGAUGUCCACACGCGAAAUCACGCAGGAUAUACGUCUUUGCAUGUGGCAGCGCAAAACGGAAACGAGGUUAGUGUGGCGGCGCUGUUUCUUUGUGGAGCGGACCUGGACUCCAAAGAGAAUUACUGUGGUUACACCCCUCUCCAUUUAGCUGUGAUUGGCCAGUUUCAAGACGUUGUAACAUCAUUAGUGUCACUGGGCGCAAGUAUUAACCAAACGGACAAUUGCGGCUUGACGCCGAUUGACCGGAGCACCUCAGAAGUCAUUCGGGCAUUACUGGUUAGGGCACUUCAACCAAACGUAUCAAGCCUUGAGUCACGUUGUCUUGCUAUUAUCAGAGAAAAAGUAUGGAAUGUUGCAGGAAUAAAUGGAUUUGAUAAUCUGCCUCUUCCUCUCACUUUGAAGAAGAAACUUCAAUUAAGGUGA